AUGGCGGCGGCAGCUUGUUCUACGACAGUCACGCCCGGGGGUGGCAGCAGCAGCCUUGGGGGAGGUGGCGGAGGCGGUGUGCCCAGCAUAAGCACGGGUGGAGGAAGCGGCGGAGGAAGCAGCAGCAGCGGAAGCAAACGUUCUCGACUGAAUUUAGAAUCCAAAUGCUCCUCGUUGCGGAAACACCUGAGUAAGUCGGCCUCGGAGCUCAGUUGCAACGACUGCGGCGGCUCGGGAGACUCGCCGCAAUCCUCGCCCCAGCGCGCCCGCUCCGCCAAUGUGCCCACGAUACCGGCCGGUGUGAUCCAGCGAACACACGGUUUCUUCAACACACUCAGGCAUCGUUGGUCGCGUGGAAGAAGCAAGGAGCGCCUAAGAGGAUCCCUGGGUCAAGAGCUCGAGGUUCGUCGGGACAGCCAGAGUGACUACGCGGCCGACAACAGUUCCGCCGAACACAGCAGCUCCGCGACGCCCCAUCAAUCGCCCCGCCAUCGGGCGCAAACCCUCGGCGACUCUCCGUUGGCCAAGGCCACCGAUAGGAAUGCGGCCAUGAGUGGCACUGGAGCAACCGCAUCCGAGGGCAUAUCGUCCUCCGCCGUGGCCAGCGUGCUGAAGGUGCUGACGACGAAGGCUGAAGUCGAACCGGCGAGUGCCAUCCCCGGCCCGAGUGGUCUGACGAUUGGUGGACUGGCGAAGGUUUCGGAGUCCCCCGGACCGAGUACGGCGUCGGUCCUCAGUCCGGCCGACGAGCAGCAGAGGCGACGCGAGACGCAGCUUAGGCAACAUUCGUUCUUCCAGCUCCGGGUGCACCUCAUCAGCGGCCAUGGACUGGUGGCAAUGGACAAGAGUGGCACAAGCGAUCCCUACGUCAAGUUUAAAGUGGGUGGCCGACUCCUCUACAAAUCCAAAACAGUCCACAAAGACCUCAAUCCACUGUGGGACGAAACGUUCAUCGUACCAGUGGAAGAUCCGUUUCAGCCAAUAAUAAUCAAGGUGUUUGACUACGAUUGGGGCCUCCAGGAUGACUUUAUGGGCUCGGCGAAGCUGCACCUCACGUCACUGGAGCUUAAUCGAGCCGAGGAUCUUACCAUUAAGCUCGAGGACGCACAAAGAGCAUCGAAGGAUCUCGGCGAGAUCAAACUGACUGUCACACUGUGGCCAAAGACGCAGGAGGACAAAGAACAAUACUUUCAGCGCAAUCCGAAGCUUGCCGACGCAUCCCGCCGACUCAAGUCGCAGAUCUGGAGCUCGGUCGUCACGAUCGUGCUGAUCGAAGCCAAAGGACUCCCACCGGAUGCCGAGAGUGGGCUGAACGAUAUUUACGUUAGAUUUAGGCUAGGAAAUGAGAAGUACAAGUCGAAAGCGUCCUACCGAGCGAGAUGGUUAGAGCAGUUCGAUCUACAUCUCUUCGACGACGAUCAGCUGUUGGAGGUGAUAGUCUGCGGCAAGUACAACACGUACGGCAAAUGUACCAUCGACCUAAGGAGCCUAGAGCGGGAACGUACCCAUGGCAUCUGGCAACCGCUGGAGGAGUGUCCGGGUGAGGUCCACAUCAUGCUCACCAUCAGCGGGACGACGGCUUCGGAAACAAUCACCGAUCUGACCGCGUACAAGGAGGACUCCAAAGAACGAGCGGUCACACAGAGUCGCUACAUUUGGCACAAGUCACUGCAGAACAUGCGGGACAUCGGACACCUCACGGUGAAGGUGUUUGGGGCAACGGGACUCGCUGCGGCGGACAUCGGUGGCAAAUCGGAUCCAUUCGUCGUGCUGGAGCUGAUCAAUGCCCGACUCCAGACGCAAACGGAGUACAAAACUCUAACGCCGAACUGGAAUAAAAUUUUCACCUUUAAUGUGAAAGACAUGUCGUCGGUGCUGGAAAUCACCGUCUACGACGAAGACCGGGACCACAAGGUAGAGUUUCUCGGGAAGGUCAACAUACCGCUGCUCCGGAUACGCAACGGCGAGAAGCGUUGGUACGCGCUGAAGGACAAGAAGAUGUACACCCGUGCCAAAGGAACGCAGCCACAGAUUCUGCUGGAAAUGACGGUCGUGUGGAACAAGCUGCGGGCGGCUCUGCGCGUUCUGGAACCGAAGGAGGAGAAGCUGGUGCAGCAAGAGGCAAAGUUUAAACGGCAGCUCUUCCUACGUAACGUCACCCGACUCAAGGCUGUCAUCAUGUACUUCAUCGAAGUGGGCCAGUUCGUGCAGAGCUGCUUCGAAUGGGAAUCCCCGAUUCGGUCGUUCAUAGCGCUAGUGCUGUGGGUUUGCGGUUGCAUUUGGUUCGAUAUUUCCACCAUUCCGGCCGUCGCCCUGCUGUACCUGUUGAAAAAUUGGUUAAUUCGAUGGCUAACCGGAAGCUCAUCGCAGUCGACGGCGGACGAAUACGACGUUGCCAGUGACGACGAGGAUGAGGAAGACAAGGAAAAGGAGGAAAAGAAGACCAUCAAAGAGCGGCUGCAGGCAAUACAGGAGGUAUCGCAGAGCGUACAGAACACAAUCGGAUUCCUAGCGUCGUUGGGUGAGAGUGUUAAAAACACAUUUAAUUUCUCCGUACCGGAACUCAGCUGGCUGACGGCAUUGUUGCUUUUGGCCGCUUGCCUGGUGCUUCACUACGUCCCGAUCCGGGUGCUAUUGCUGCUGUGGGGUUUGGUGAAGUUCAGUCGACGCAUCAUACGGCCGCACACUGUUCCCAACAAUGAAGUGCUGGAUCUACUUUCACGUGUGCCUGAUGAUGAAGAAAUCAUUAUGUGGCGUGAACUGCCGCUUCAUUCAACACCCGAACUGGCUCGCCGGGAUCCGCGAAAGAAGCAUAAAGUGUCGUAA